AUGCUUUUAUCUGCAAGACGAGCCCAGAACAACCUUGACAUCCAUCACGGCAUCAGAACCGAACUUCAAGGCUCCAAUUUCAAAUACUGUGACAUAAUCAAACACGAAUGUCCGGUUACUUCCCCCUGGACUAUGGACAUCGAUAUCAACCUCAAGUUGUCUUACCUUCCGAAAAGCGAAACCACGCCGAACAUAUAUAAAAGUGAACUACAAUCAAUUCUCGAAGGAUACCAAGACCAUAUUCUCUUUUUCACGGAUGGAUCCAAAACAGAAGCCGGCGUAGGCGCUGCAGUUACAUUCUGUGAAACCAGAUGA